AUGGCUUCCGUCCCGAGUGUGCAAUGCUUCGGCAAGAAGAAGACGGCCACCGCUGUCGCCCACUGCAAGCAAGGCAAGGGUCUCAUCAAGGUCAACGGCCAGCCCCUCUCUCUGGUCCAGCCUGAGAUCCUCCGCUUCAAGGUCUACGAGCCCCUCCUGAUCGUCGGUGCCGACAAGUUCGCCGGCGUCGACAUCCGCGUCCGCGUCACCGGUGGUGGUCACACCUCCCAGGUCUACGCCAUCCGCCAGGCCAUCGCCAAGUCCAUCGUCGCCUACUACCAGAAGUACGUCGACGAGCACUCCAAGAACCAGCUCAAGCAGGCUCUUGUCCAGUACGACCGCACACUCCUCGUUGCCGACAACCGUCGCACGGAGCCCAAGAAGUUCGGUGGUCGCGGUGCUCGUUCCCGCUACCAGAAGUCCUACCGUUAA